UCCGAAGAGAGAAGAGAGCGGACUGUAUCCCCAUCAGCCAAUCACCAUCCGGAAAAGAGGAGGUGACCUUGCCUUAACCCCGCCCUGUUGCCUCAAUUACAUAACGGACUUCGGCGCUCCGUAGCGCGCUCACUGCCUGUGCCCUGGUACCCAGCGCCAAAACCCACCUUACUGCCUGUGCCGGACAACAACCUCCGUGCCAGGAGCCGCGAAGCCGCUGCGCUCAGUGCCGCCAUGUUGCCAACUAACACCGGCGUCUGUCAAGCAGGAAAUCUAAACACCAAUGAAUAAUUUAAACAACCCACCCCAGUGGAACAUUCAUCCACAUGGAGAUGAUGGAGACAGAAAUAAAUGGAACUAUGCUUUGCUGGUACCAAUGUUGGGGCUCGCUGCUUUCCGGUGGAUUUGGUCAAAGGAAUGUGAGAAAGAAAUUAGGAAAGCCAAAACAGAAUACACUGAAAAAGUGACCAUUGCGGAGAGGGAACUUGAAGCAAAAUACCGAGAUAUUAUUUUGGAAAACAGGCGUGCUGUGGCUCACUUGGAAAUUGAAGUCGAGAAAGAACAAAACCGAACACUGAGUUAUCGCAAUGCUCUCAUCGCGCAAAGCAGGAAGUUGGUGGAAGAGAGAAAGCAGAUGGAGGAGGAGAGAGACAAAUUAAAGCAGGAAAUAGAGGAAGCCCAGAAGGGUAGCAAAGCAUAUGCCACGUAUUUAAGUCACCUUAAGAGGGAAGAAGAGUGGCAGACAAAAGCGAAAAGCUUGAUAAAAGAGUUUGAGGAAGCGCUGAAAGAGAGACAGAACAUUUAUUGCAGUUUUGUUAUUCCUAAGAAAAAGAGAUUUGAAAUAGAAAACAAAUUGCUUGUCAAGGCUGCCACCAAUCCAAUAGCUGUAGAGAUGGGAAUGACAGACGGCCUGACUGACAUUUUUAAACAUGACAACCAUUGUGCUGUACUGACAAACACCAAUAAGCAGGAAAAUGGCAGGCUAAUGUGGGUGUACCUAAAAUACUGGGAACUCACUGUAGACUUAAAGAAAUUCAAAAAACUGCAAGAAGCCAGAAUAGAGUAGACCAUGCUUUCUGAGCAGCUAUCUGAAACAUCUGAAUAUCAAACCGUGCAAUCCAUUUGAUUGUCUUUGUAUAUCUUUUUGUCUACAUUGUAUUGUAAAUGACAAUAAAACAUGUGACAAACAGUC